AAACUCUCCGCCUUCGUUUGCUACAACCACCAACUGACAAAAUUGGUCCAUAAAACCUUAGCCGGAUAGCAAUAUAAAUUAUGCGCCUCUUCAAGACACGUAAGUCUAUCGACACAUUUGGCAGCAGCACCAACAACACAGCAAUAAUCUCACCACACCAGCAACAAUUUAAUUCCGCUGCGUCAACGGCGACGGCUACCCCAAACGCCGCAACAUGCGCCGUCAAAUUCAGCAAAACCAUCGCCGGCAGCACUUCCAUUUCAUCCUCUCUUCCCGAUUUGCAUGAUUCGCCCGUUAUGAUUCUUAGCUGCACCAAUCUGAGCGCCAGCCACACACCCACACCACGCACGCCCACCAGCGUCGGUGUACUCAGUCCCAGCAAUAGUGGCGCAUCGACACAAACUCAUUCACCUGCCGCUGGCGGUGGCUACACGCACACCUUCAGCAGCGUUAACAGUAGUGGCCGCCAAACACCGUCGGCACUUUCGGUGGCUUCGCUCAAUGAUGCCGCACUACAGCGGCUGCACCAUCACCAACAGCAGCAACAGCAACAGCACCAGCAGCAUCAGCAUCACAGCGCUGCACAACUAUUUCAAAAUGGCAGUGCAGGCGGAGGCAAUAAAUGUAAAAGCAAUACGCUGCUGGUGAACUAUGGUGGCAGCAGCAAUAAUAUUGCAGCAGUGCAACAUUAUUACCAAAAACUCGGACAGCAAAGUUUAGCGCAGCAACGUAACACCUCGUCGUCGAGCAGUUGUAUUUACGAGAAAAGUAGAAAUGCGAGUUGCCACAAUAUUUCAUUGAUGCCGAAUGGUGACAAAGUUGGCGGUGGAGGCGGUGGAGGUGGCGGCAGCGCUGGCUGUACAUCAAUGAAAAGUUGCAGUGGUUCGACAAUGUCGCUGAUGGCGUCAAAUGGCCAUUUGCCCAAUUAUCAACUGGUGACCGCUGUGCCCGUUGUCAUUUUGGACGAUGAGAAAAAGUUCACUUCAAGCAGCGCAACGACCACAGCAAACACUGCAACGAGCACAACAGCAGCCACGACAACAACAGCAACAAGCACAGCAAGCUCAGCGAGCUCGGCUACGAACAGCGCAACAAGAAAUGUCUUCACCUGGGGCAAGCGCAUGAGCCGUAAGCUGGAUAUAUUGAAGCGCAGCGACACCACCAACACGCACAAGUCGCACACCGAUCUUCGUUCACUCUUUCACACAUCCACACACAACAACAAUAACAAUGACAACGUCAAGGACAACUAUCAGACGCACACAUUGAAGAAAUGCAAAUCCGGACCUAUCGAGACGAUAAAACAGCAGCAGAAGAACCAACAGCAGACUCAUGAGCAACAACAAAGCCGACAACCCAAACAGCAACAACAAAAUGGCCACAUACACCAGAAGCAAGAGAAAUCGAAGGACGCCAACGCUGGCAACAACCAGCAGUCAACACCAACACAACCGAACGCACAACACCGCUCACAGAAAGCUAUCAAAAAUUUCUUCCACCGCAUCGGCUCUACCGGCAUGCUCAACCACAAGUCCCACAAUCUGAUUAAGGCCGCCGAACCGAGCGGCUCGACUGCAAGCAAUUUGUACCGCAGCAGCUCCACUAGUCAGCUGACCAGCUCGUCAUACAUCAAGUGCGACGAUCCGACGGAGGGCCUGAACUUGGCCAACAACCGGCAGGGCAAACUGCAAAAGGGUGCCACGAACGCAGCAACAAAUCUGAAGUCGAGCAGCUGCGAUGACAUCGCCAAAGUGGGCACAUGCACUUCGCCGAGUGGGGAAGCCACAGCGAUUGGCGUUCAGACGCAAGGUGUGGCCUCCCAGUCCGGCGUUGCUGGGCAAGAGUCAUCUAAUCGACGCGGCGCUUUCCCUUACGCCUUUCUACGCUCGCGCCUUUCGGUGUUGCCUGAAGAAAACGGCGGUUCGGUGAUGAAGCAGCCAUCACUGUGCAGUUUGCACACAAUCGGCGCUGGUGGUGUGCAAGAGAUGCCGCAUCCAGCUGCGCAGUACCUACAGGUGGGUCAGCAGUAUUCACCAGUUCCACAGCAUCGCAACUCAACACCGUUGCUGCCCAGUGAAGCCGCAGCGUUGGCCGAAGGCGCCAUGGACUCUAUAUCGCUGGCAAGCACUUCUCCAAAUCACCAACAGAAGGUGAUUUAUCGGAAUGGCGCGCUGAUCAAGCGCUACUCCUCGGACGACAGUGCGAUCAGCAACUGUUCGCCACAGCAGACGUCCGGCACUGGCGGUAUGAUGAUUAGCGGCGGCGUUGGCGAGGUAUUAGUGUCGCGCAACAAUAGCGUCUCCUCCAAGGACUGGGAACCACUUUACCAAAGAUUAAGUAGUUGUCUGAGUUCGAACGAGUCAGGUUACGACAGUGACGGGGGAGGUGGCGGUGGUGUAGGCGUGGGCGCCAAUAGCGUCAUCGUAGGAAGUAGUGAAAGCGGGUGCGGCAGUGUUAUUUUCGUUGGGAACACCACGAAUGUACAACUGCUGGGCAAUAAUCUUGGUAUCUCCUGUGGAGAUACAGAAUCUAUUGCGUCGGGUACGCUAAAGAGGAACUCGCUGAUUUCACUGACCUCAUCCGAGAGCGGUGUGGGAUGUGGCGGUAUACGUAGUAAUAGCAUAUGCAGCACGGCGAGCGGCUCAGUCUCAUUGGGUGGCUACAAUUACGACUACGAGACGGAGACGAUACGCAGACGAUUCCGGCAGAUAAAAUUGGAGCGAAAGUGUCAGGAAGACUGCAUUGGGCUGGUGUUGUCACCGAAGACUGUCAUGACCUCAACGAACGAACAGCAGUACCGUUACCUGAUAGUGGAGAUCGAUCCGUACGGCAUGGCCCAGAAAGAUGGCCGCCUGCGCUUGGGCGACGAGAUUGUCAACGUGAACGGUAAACACUUGCGUGGCAUGCAGUCCUUCGCCGAAGUGCAGCGCCUACUCUCGACGUUCGCGAACAACUGCAUCGAUUUGGUGAUCGCACAUGACGAGGUCGCUACAGUCACUGAUUUCUAUACGAAAAUCAAAAUCGACGGCAGUUCAGCACAAGCAUACAAUUCCCUGCAGUCUCUACAUGCCGGUAGUAGCGAACCAGCGCCAGCGUCGGCGCCGCCCUCAGCCAACCCACAGAGCGAGUAUAUGGCGCGCGCGCGCAAGCGUCUCAGCUAUACGCAGCGUACUCAGAGCACGGAUAGCAUCAACAGUUAUGAUCUACAUAGCCUGCAGUUGGCGCUGGAGAACGAGCAGACACGGCAACGUGAAACGCGACGUCCAUCCUCCGAUGUAGUGGACUCCGCCGCCAGUGAGCUGGAUGUGGAUGAUGAUGCGCGCUCACUGGCCAGUGUGGCGACAAUGCAUUCGCUCAGUUCGAUGCCAACGCCCAUGCCGUUGAUGCAGCAUAGACGUUGCUCCACACCGCGGCACUCCAUGGAUGUAGCGGCUUGUAGUGGUGAGUUUGUAGCCGAACAUACGCGUAGACGCGCGCGCUCAUCCUCCGGGCAACGCAAUCUCGAGCUGACGCCGCUGUGCACCGCAAACACUGAGUACACGCCGGUGUAUGCAAACCGCGCGUCCAGCAUUUCACUGGCCACGCACACGAUCAGCGACGAUGAGAAGUGGCAGCUGUUGACACGCAAGCGCUGCUCUGAGGGCGCGGCGCUACAGCGCGUUCAACAGCAAUCGCAGGACGAGCUGCUGGCAGGUUGUGGACGCGUGGCGGGCAAUCGUAGUGCGUCGCUGACUUAUGGUACGCCUGCGCCAUCGACGACGAGUACAUUUGCGGAUGCUGCCGAUGGUUCAGGCGAUCAACAGCAACCGCAACCGCAACCAUUUCCUUCGCGCACGCAUUACACGCGCAACUCCAUCAACCUGUCCAACUCGCACUAUCGUUCGCUGCGGUUUGCCCAUUCGCGGCUCAGCUCGUCGCGUCUGAGUUUGUUUAUACAGCCACAGCCACAGCCAAGUGGCGGCGGCGGCGCUACCGCUGAGGCCAAUAGACUAACAACCACAGCAACAAAUAACAAUAACUGUAUUUACCAAAACUCCAAAGCCACUAAUAGUACAAAUAAUACUAAAACACAAACAACAAUAAACGCGACGCCGACUACAACAAAGACGGCGGUAGCAGCAGCGGCAGCGGCAGUGACAGCAACGAAGGUGGCAACAACCAGUACUGUGGAUGCGAAGACCUCAGGAAAGUGCGCCAAUACCACCGACGAUGAUGCGAGUAGCCAGCGAAGGCAACAACAACAACGGCGGGCGUCCUUCGAUCUCACUAACAACACUAAUACAAAUGCUAAUACUUAUCAUCUCAUAUCUUACCAACAACAACAACACCACCAAAACCAACAAAAUCACCAUCACCAACAGCAACAACAACAACAACACAACCAGCGACACCCUGCAACGCAAUUACAUUUGUAUCAACAACAUUUAACUGUACCAACAUCUUCUAUGCCAACAGCAUUAACCGCUACGAAUAAUUCGACUACAAAAACAACAACAGCGGCAACAGGUACAAAGCCUCUAACAACAACCAGCUGCCUUAACUCAUUACAAUAUCAUCGCCCUUCAUUGCCCGCCGCGAAACUAACAAUACGCGACGAAGAAAUGGCCGAAGUCAUACGCGCCUCGAUGAGCGACGGUUCCAGCCGUUGUACAACACAAAAGACUAUAACGUAUUUCAAGGGACCCGGCAUGAAAUCGCUGGGUUUUAGCAUUGUUGGCGGACGUGAUUCACCUAAAGGCAAUAUGGGUAUUUUCGUUAAGACCGUAUUCCCAUCCGGGCAAGCGGCCGAUGAUCGUACGCUGCAGGCGGGCGACGAGAUUGUCGAAAUUAAUGGCACGUCCGUGCAAGGUAUGAGCCACGCGGAAACAAUACGCCUAUUCAAGGAUGUGCGCGAGGGUGCUAUAGUGCUCAAGGUGCUGAGGAGGAAGUUACAAAAGGCUAAAUCAAUGGGCGCGUAAGAUGAAUUCUUGGAGAAAAACAGAAGUCAAAGGACAUCCUAUUAUAUCGGACGGACGGACGGACGUUUGUUCAAGCUGCAACAAAAAGUCUUCGCUAUGUAAAAUAAGUAAUUAUAAGCAAAUGUAAUUUAAGAACUAAUUUAUAUGUAUGUAAUUUAAUUGUGAAAAUAUUUUUAUAAACACAGAAUGAUUUAAAAAAAUAAGCUAAUUUAGUUGUGAGCUCGACUUUCAU